AUGACGCCGCGGAACGACUCUUUCCAGCAAGGAGGAAUAUUAGGAUCGAUAGCUAAGUUCUGGACUCAUUCAUAUGCACCCGACUAUGUAGGAUUUGCUGGCCUGUUGACGGCCUACCUCUUAAUUCAAUUUCUCGUCGAACCUUUCCAUCGCAUGUUCUAUAUCAAUAACUUAAAUAUCUCAUUCCCUCAUGCCGAAGUCGAGCGGGUGCCAGUCUGGUUAAACUUUGUUUACGCUCUGUUCGUUCCUCUCGGAUUUCUACUGCUAUACAAUACCUUCGCCCGAGCCUCGUUCCAUAAGCAUCACAGCACCAUUCUUGGCCUUGCCAUCGCCCUCAUCCUCAGUUCGUUCCUUACCGACAUUGUAAAGAACACCGUUGGUCGCCCUAGGCCGGACCUAAUCGCCAGGUGCAAACCUGUCGCCGGCACUAAACCUAACGUCUUGGUGACUAUCGAUGUAUGUACCGAGACGGAUCACCAUACCCUCCAUGACGGUUGGCGGUCUUUCCCCUCGGGGCACUCUAGCUUCUCCUUUAGCGGUCUUGGAUACGUAGCUUGCUUUCUAGCUGGCCAAUUGAGGAUUUUUCGCGAUAGGAAGGAUCUUGGCCGUUCGUUGAUUUGCCUCGCGCCCCUGGUUGGAGCGGCUAUGAUAGCUAUCAGUCGGUGUCAGGACUAUCGUCAUGACGUAUAUGACGUCUGUGUGGGAUCAGCACUGGGGUUUACAGUUGGACUUUUUACUUACCGGAGGUACUGGCCACGUCUGAGUAGCCGUGAGUGCGACGAGCCAUACCCGGCGCCUGGCACCGAGACCGAAGAUAGGGAAGGCUGGGGGAGAAUCCGAGAUGAAGAAGAAGGCGGCUUAAUCAUAGGAAGAAAUACUGGGUAUGAGAUGGUCAACUUGAUAGGAACUCCUGGCUAA